AUGGCAUCGUCACGACUCCCAUGGGAAAUGCUCAAGUCCAGACCGGCUGUACUAUGUGCUACAGUGGUUGCUGGUGUUGGUGUUUACUAUGCCACGCCAUCUAUUCUGCCGACAGGACAUGCAGAGUCAGCAGAGUCUCCGAAAGUGUUCGGGGGCUUUGGUUUCACAACAUUGCGCGUUCAACAGGUCAAGCAGGUGAACCACAACACCAAGCGCCUGGUAUUUGAAUUUCCCGAUCAGAGUGCCACCAGUGGACUGACCUUGACCUCUGCCCUUCUCACGUAUUCCUGGCCGAAGGGUCGUUUCUUCCCCGUGCUGCGCCCGUACACUCCUAUCAGCGAUCUAGACCAACAAGGCUCUAUUGAGUUGAUGGUAAAACACUACCCCGAUGGCAAAGCCAGCACUCACCUCCACUCGCUCGUCCCGGGCGACACCCUCACAUUCGCCGCAGCCUUGAAAGGAUUCGCAUGGACCCCGAACAAGUUCGCCCAGGUCCACCUUAUCGCAGGUGGAGCCGGUAUUACCCCAAUCUACCAGCUCAUGCAGGGCAUCCUGAACAAUCCCGACGACAAGACCAAGGUGGAUCUAGUUUUUGGUGUCAACACAGAACAGGAUCUGCUGUUGAGGGAAGAGUUGGAACAGUACAAGCAGCGCUUCCCUGGCCGGUUCAACUAUGUCUACGCUGUCAGUCAUCCCACAGAGAAGGACUCGACUUUGCCCAAGGGGUAUAUCAAUGAGGAGCUUUUGCGAGAUGUUAUGAAGGGAUCGGACAAGAACUCGCAUGUCUUCGUCUGCGGUCCUCCUGGGAUGGAAGAUUCUUUGGUCGGAUCGCGGAAAACGGAAGGGAUUCUCAGCCGUUUGGGUUUCAACAAGGACCAGAUUUAUAAGUUCUAG